AUGUUCCCAAAACGAGUUCUAACAGCAAGGGUGUUUGCAAAAAGACUACCGAUUCAACUGCAGUCAUUGCAGAGAAUGCAAUCCACGUCAUCGCAUAAUCAUGACAUGGGUGAAUAUGAAAGUAAAAUCUACAAUAUACUUCAAGAGGAGUUUGACCCGGUCAACUUACAAGUACAGGACGUCCUGGGAGGGUGUGGAUCGAUGUUUGCUAUCCUUGUGGAGAGUUCCAAAUUUAAAGGUUUACCAAUGAUAAAACAACAUAGAUUGGUCAACGAUCUUUUGAAAGAUGAGAUAAAGAAAUGGCAUGGGCUUCAACUCAAAACUAAAUCAGCAUGA